UCACAACGGAGAGCGUCUAGAAUGUAAUAAACUAGCUAGAAGGGCCCCAUGCACAGUUACACUUCUAAACAGACCGGAGCAUGUAGGUUCAUGCGCGAUACCAACCGGCAGCUACAUCAAAUCCGUCACCACAAAAAUGUGUUAUCUUCCAAAAUAACACCCCAACGAAUAUACCAGCAAGGGUUUACGUAAUGCGGUUUAUUUCUAUUCGGCACGCAUUCUUUUAUGAAAAAGACUCUAUGCUGAGUUGAGGACACCGCGCAUAACCUAUUGUCUUGGAGAGUUGGAAAUUGAAACGGCUGAAUCGUCGUUGCGACAAAGGCACGGCUUUGGUGCCCUCUUGUGGAAUGAAAAUCUGAAUAUUUCUGAAUCAGAGCAAUGGAAAGGACCACUGCACCCCACGCUGAAAGCAUGGUUACCGACUAUUUCAAUCCGGAGAUAAUUGCAAUACACUACAAUUUCACGGGGAAAUAUAGACUGACUGAAUAUACAGGACUAAAGGCUGACUUAGUGGUCUUUAUCGCCAUUUGCUGCUUCAUAAUUUUGGAAAACAUAAUGGUUCUGCUUACCAUAUGGAGAACAAAAAAGUUCCAUAAGCCCAUGUACUAUUUCAUUGGAAACCUGGCCCUCUCAGACUUGCUUGCAGGAUCGGUUUACAUUUGCAACAUUCUGUUGUCAGGUCCUAACACUUACAAGCUCACCCCAUUUCAGUGGUUUAUGAGGGAAGGGAGCAUGUUUGUGGCAUUGGGUGCAUCUGUGUUCAGCUUGCUGGCUAUUGCCAUUGAAAGGCACCUCACCAUGCUCAAAAUGAAACUGCACAACGGGGGCAACACCUGUCGCGUGUUCGUUUACAUCAGCACCUGCUGGUUCCUUUCGGCCAUUUUAGGAGGUCUUCCGAUAAUGGGAUGGAACUGUAUCCACAGUCUUGAGACCUGUUCCACUGUCCUCCCGCUCUACAACAAGGCCUACCUCUUGUUUUGCACCACAGUGUUUAGCGUGAUACUAAUGGCCAUCGUCAUUCUGUACGCCAGGAUCUACUCCCUGGUGAGGACUCGGAGUCGCAAGCUGGUGUUCAGAAAGUACUCCUCCAGUAGGAGCAGCAAGAGCUCAGAGAAGUCUUUGGCUUUACUGAAGACGGUCAUAAUUGUCCUGAGCUGCUUCAUAGCUUGUUGGGCACCCCUGUUUAUACUCCUCCUGCUGGACGUUGCCUGUAAGGUCAAGACCUGCUUUAUUCUGUACAAGGCCGAAUGGUUUCUGGCCCUGGCUGUACUCAACUCUGCCAUGAACCCUCUAAUCUACACCCUGACCAGCAACGAGAUGCGCAGAGCCUUCCUGAAAAUGCUGCUCUGCAGCUUCUGCACGCAAAAAGGCCCCGGGGCGAAAUUCAAACGCCCUGUUAUUGGGGCACUAGAGUUCAGCAGAAGCAAGUCGGACAACUCGUCGCAUCCAAACAAGGAGGAAGGGGACAUCCCUGAAACGAUGUUAUCAUCGGGGAACCUAACGUCAUCUUCAUAGGAAAGCAAGGGGGGAGCUUACAUUUUACUUAUCCCUAACGCUAGUGAAUGUGUGCUUUUGGGAUGACUUCUCCCUGUAGAAAGCAUUAAUCUGAGGAUGAAGACGCAGGCAACAUGGGAGUCAUUCAGACUUGGACAGGGAAAUAGCGACUUGUAAAAACUCAAAAUACAGUACAGUAGUCAACCAAUAAACUUGGGGGGAUGGACUAAGAUGUUUCUGGAUUUCCUGUCUGAAUGAAAGCUUCCCACAAGAGCCGAGUGGCAUGCACUUAAUAUCAGUAUUACCUAGGCCUUUAAGUAGGACACGUUGAGUUAAACUUAUUAACUUAUAGGAGUGAAGUUAUAAUACAGAAAAGCACUUGCUGUACAACUGUAAAGGUAGGGCACUUAGUUUGUCCACAACAUGCAUUAAGGGUUUUUAUGUUCUUAAAUAUAACAAAAUGAAGUCAAGGGCAUGUGGUUUUAUAUAACUUGUAUAUACUGUAGUUAAGUAUAGGCCUACAAUCCACCAUAUCUUUAUGAAUGUAUUUGUUUCACAGAUUCGUUGACAUCACCUUUCCCCUUCCAAUUAGUUAAGUGUAUUGUUAGCGAUUAACCCCGGUCACACACAACGCAUUACUGUAUGACACAUCUGUACUAAAAGAAAGACUGAUUUUAUAAUGUAUGUUUCUUAUUCAGCUGUGUCGCUACUCUAAAUAGGCAUCUUUUUUCAGUUCCUGUAUAUAAAAUGUCAGCACAGACGUGUAAAAUGUAACUUGCCAAACUGUGGUAGAUGUAGUUUGCCUUUUAUUUGCACAUGUUACUGUUUCUUUUCUAGUGAGUAAAUAAAAUUGUAAAACUUUAAAAAAACAAAAAUAAACUUUGUUUUACACA